AUGAACAUCCGAGAAAGGCUGGAGUAUAUCAUCCCACUGGUGGAGCCGCAAUCGCAUCACGUCACAUUAUGUGAGGAUAUCACACCGUUUGCGCCUCCAUGGGGUUGUCCUCCGCUUGUGAUCAAGUCUACUCAUCUCAUGCAGAUCCUCGGUUUACCGUCAGAUCUAGCAUGUGUCUUGUACCGACUGGAGCAUCACUCCGCACAGAUAUCCGAGUACGCUGAGCAUAGGCCUGUCGGUUCUGCUGAUCUUAUUCUCCACACGUUCCACACUCACAUGCACCAGUUGUAUCCUGUUCUCCAUCCAGAUUUCACCCUUCACUUUCGCGAGUCAAGUGCUGCCGGUUUCCCUCCCUCCACAAUGUCUUGCUUGUCACUUCUUGUCGCGUCACUCGCACAUGUAAGCCAAGACCAAACCCAAUCGUCACCCUUUGAGGCCGCUUUCUCUAUGCUCCCAAUAGUCAUUCAGGAACACAGCGUGACAAGCGUUCAGUGCUUGCUCCUUUUCAGCCUAUACUCUGCAUGCCUGAUCCAACCAAGACAUGCCGAGCUUUCUAUGCACCUAAGCCUAUCGUCCAUAAGCGGAACGAUGCGUGGCCAUUUGGAUUUGAUACCCAUACCGACAAACACAGAUGUCUGGGACUGGUCCGAUAAUCCACACUCACCCUCGGGACUAUCCUCGUCCGACGGAUCACACAUAAGCGAAGCUUACUCGCGAACGGAAACCCCUUUCCACUUUUCUACGGAGAUACAACUGCAAACAGUGCUAAACAAAUACACCAGUCCUGCAAUGGAUGACUUGAGCGCUAGCACGGAAAUUCCAGAUCCGGGUUACCCUCUUGCGUUUGCCCUAGACAUGCUCUGCUCAAGUAUUGCAUCGGACUCGCGGCCUCAACCGAUCAGCCAGCACAUCGAUGGUGCCGUAUGCCGAGCUAAGUAUCACUUGUAUGAAGUGUCGAUCUACUGGCCGGUGAUAUACCGUAUCAUAAUCAGCGGUUCUGCAGACCCCGAGCUGCUAACCUACGCGCCACUGUUCUUCCAAUCGGUGACAAGCCUCCUUGAUUCAGCCAACCUCGCUCUGCGACUAUGCCUGCCGAAAACCUGGUUUCUCUGUGCGAGGUAUGUGCUGUGA